AUGACCUCCGUGAAAGAGAAGGAAUUCGGUAGCCUAAAUGGGACUCCAGUUAGGGCGUUUGAAAUCGAGUCGGAAGAUGUAAAACUCGUCAUUUUGAAUUAUGGUGGAAUUAUUCAGUCGCUUCGGACAAAAGACAAAAACGGGGACUGGGACGACAUUGUCACUGGUUUUGAUACGAUAGAAGAAUACCCAGAGAAAUCGAACUUUUUCGGUUGCCUUGUCGGCCGAUAUGCUAAUCGAAUCGGCCACGGAAAAUUUUCUCUCAAUGGCAGAAGCUACGAGCUUUUCAAAAACAACGGAGGAAACCCACCACGAAAUGCCCUUCAUGGAGGAAAAGUCGGAUUCGAUAAGAAGUUUUGGAAUGCCAAGAUCGUCGAAAAUGGGCUCGAGCUGAAGCUGAUUUCUGAAGACGGAGAUGAAGGAUAUCCGGGAAAACUUGAUGUAACGGUUACUUAUUCACUUGUUGGUGGCGCUUUUUCGAUCAAAUAUGAAGCAACAGCAGAUGCGGAUACGGUGGUUAAUUUGACGAAUCACACUUACUUCAACCUCGAUGGCCACAUAAAUUGGUCGACUUUAGAUAAUCAUUCUAUGACCAUUCAUGCUGAUAACUUUGUCGAUGUCGAUGAAUUCGCGAUCCCUAAAGGAGGACUAACGGAUGUUACUGGCACGAAAUUCGACUUGAGAAAGGGACAACUGCUGACUCAGGAUUUUCUCGCCUCUGUUCCAGGCGGAAACGGUAUCGAUCACAACUUGUGCAUCAAAACUUUCAACUGCUCCUCUUUUGUGAAAAUCGCCGAGGCGGUUUCGGAGAAAACUGGUCGAAAAAUGCUUCUCGAAGGAACUCAACCAGGUGUUCAAUUUUACACCGGCAAUUUUCUCCCUGGAAAAGAAGGAAAAGGAGGAGUCAACUAUGCCAAGCAAACUGCUUUUUGCGUUGAAACUCAGCACUUUCCUGACUCGCCAAAUCGGCCUGAAUUUCCAAACGCUGUUCUGAAAGCUGGAGAGAAAUAUGAACAUCUUGCAAAAUUUACUUUUUCUGCAGAAUAA